AAAAAGCUUAGUAUCCAGCACGAGUAGAAGAUGAUCAUGAUGCAGCAACACGGCUUUACUAGUCCUUGGCUUUGGUGCCUGGUCGUUGUUUCACGAGUUCGUGGCGUCACUGCAGCAGCACCACGAGGAAGUAACGCUGCAGCUUCUGGUCUUGAGCUCGACAAGAAGAGCUGCAGUAGACCUGCUUCUCCAGAAGAGGGGAUGCUUAAAGAAAUGUUGCACAAGGAUAAUAAACACGAUCUUGCUACUCCUGGUGAAGCUCCUAGUGCUACUCCUGACUGCUUGUUCUCUGAGCAGUCGAGUAAAGCAAGAACUUUUGGCAAUGCCAAAGAGGCAGGAGGUGUAAGCGUGGAAGUGGAUCAGGGUAGAUUCAGCGCUAAUCCUACACGUCAAAUAUUCUUCGACAUUGACGUGGAUGAGUUACUUGGUGGUGUACAACAAGCUCAAGUGGUUCAUGGAUUUUUAGAAGAACCUACAUUACAUGCUGCAACACUACCAGUUGGAGCAGGCAACUACGUUGUACAAGUAGAAGAUCCUAGUCCUCCUCCUAGCAGUAGAAGUACUGGUUUGCUGAUGAAGAAGGUUAGAAGUGACUACAGUACUGCCAGUACUGUAGUUACUUCUAACCACACCACAAAGAAAGAUAGUACGCUGUGCCCAUCCUCCUCGGUUGAACGCAUGCUCGCGCCAGCACCUUUUUUAGGAGGAACAAGUCGUGCAAGUAGUAAAGCUGCUCUCCCUGAGUCCGAUGAAGCUGUAACUACCCGAGUGGAAGAACAAGCGUCCGUCGAGCAAGGUGUAAGGUGGAUGACCGUUGACGAGGACCAAGAAGACAAGCACAUCAAAAUAAAGCCGAAAAUAUACAGAAAAGCACCUCCUCAAGGUCACCCACAGAGUUGUGACCAAGCAUGGCCUUCUCAAGCAGAGAAUCCACUAUCAUCAUCGGACGUUCUUGUGCCUGCUUUCCCGCAGCCACUUUCCGAGGAUGAAGAUGAAGGUGAAGAUAGAGAAAGUGGCGCUGGUCUCACUCCUGGUGCCAGUCCUCAACAUACAAGUCCUCCAACCUCUACUGGGUGGUCCUCUAUGUGCGUUCAUAAAGGUGCCAGCGACCCUAGUUCUCGAAAGGACUCAAGAAAAAGC